AUUAUGUUUACGUACGGUACUUUCGCAGCUGUUUCGAUUGCUAAUGUUAUUUCAUGCAGCUGGUUUAUAGACUAAAACACUGAAUUUACGUAAAACGAUUCUUUUCAUUGUUUGAACUGCGUGCAGGACCCUCGGAAUACACAUUCUGAGAGAUGAAACUAAAGGAUCAUUGAGGUAUGUUUCGGCGGUUUUCUGCCCGUCGAUAUGCACAAGGACUGUGUUUUGUCAUUCUGGUUAGUACGUUGCCGAUUUUUCUGCUGUUAUCCAAACAGAAAACUGUGCCCUAUUUUGUGCAAGAACAUCCCUACUUUCAUUACGAUCUUGAUCUUGAAGAGCCUCGAAACUUUGAUCAGAAGUGCUUGAUACCACGUCUGCACCCUUUCGAUCCGUCCAUUUGGAGGUACCUUUCGUCUCAAAGAUCCAUCAUUUGCAAAAGCAGGACUUCGGACUUGAUAUACAUUGACAUUAAUGGACGACUCAAAUAUAAUGAUUCAGGUGUUCAAUCAAAUGGCUACAAAGUUGGUAAAUCCUUGUUCUGCUACUGGUCGCCGGUCAAAAGAGGCGGUGUAAAUGCUGACGACGAUGACUCAGUUGCGUACGGGAAACAGGUACUUCUGGAAGCAGAUGGAAUUCAGCUCCGUGGUGAUACCGAUUUUAUUCGAGUUCAGUGCAAGAACUUUGCCAAAAUUACUGUCUAUGAUAAAAUCCAUGCGUAUAUUAGAAAUGCCUCUAAGCCUGCUGAAGAACCUUCUCGGAACCGCAUCAACGUCCUGAUAUUUGGCAUCGAUUCACUAUCCAGACUUGCAUUCAUCCGCUAUUUGCCAAAAACUUAUCGGUACCUCACUGAAAGUUUGAAAAUGACUGUCUUCCGUGGAAUAAACAAAAUCGGAGACAAUACUUAUCCAAAUCUAGUCGCACUACUUACAGGUAGAGAGGCCUACGGAGGAAAUCUGCCAGAUGAAUCCAAAGGCUUCGAUGAAUGGCCCCUGAUUUGGAAAAACUACUCUUCUGCUGGGUAUGCUACUAUGUGGGCCGAAGAUUUUGCGAGUUUUGGCUUGUUUAAUUACCUAGCCAAGGGUUUCAGACGUCCUCCUACACUUCAUUAUCUACGACCUUUUUGGCUAGCAGUUGAAGAGUCUUCCCUUCUAAAAAUCAGUUCCCAUAUGUGUUAUGGUUCUACACCAAAGCACAAGUUACAGGUACAUAACUUGUCUCUCUUUUACCCAUUUCUCUUAUCAUUUGAGGUUUCUUAAAUGUUAAAGCACGCU